GGAAACACAGUAACGGCAGCCGUGGAAACAUCUAAGAAGGUUUGCACCAACUGACAAGUAAAGUAGAUCUAAUGUCAUAUGGUUAACGAGUAACGAGCCACAGUCGUUGCUUCUCCGCGUUUUUCUCUCCACCGGCGCUGACUGGAUGAUCACCGCCUACACGCUGCCCUCUUGUUCAGGUGACGGCGUCCGAACACUCCGGCCCCGCCCCUCGGAGAUGUUGCUGUCUGUGGAUGACAGCAGACCCGGAGGACCGAAACAAGUGUUUGAACCGCUCUUUUAGAAAGUAGCCAGGACCGGAAACCGGUUCGUCUCGCUUGAAGUCGGCUACUAAUUGCUUCGCACCGAGGCCGAGAGGAAGUGCUCCAGCGUCGGUUCGGUCAUUUUAAGCCACGAAGCUAAACGAAGAGAGCAAGAAAGCGGCGGAGCAAGCUAACGUUAGUCUGAACUCCAUUCAGAACCGGCUUUUUUGUUUGUUUUUUCCUCCGGUGACGGUAUCGGUAUCACCUGGAUGCAAUGACCGACUCGGUUGUGGACAGCAAGACGGAGGUAAAACAAGCCACGAAAUAUGUGAAAGAGACCGAAAACGUCGCGGAAAAAUAUUCUGCGAUGACUGUGAGCAAAAACAGCAGCGAUGUGAACAUGAACGUAGGGGAGAUGCCCUCCGCAGCGUUCACCGCAGUCCCCACUCUGAAAUCCGUCAAGAAGAUCCAGUUUGCAAACACAGAGGACAAACAGGAAUUCAGUAAGUACCCUACCAAGGCAGGCCGCCGCUCUCUCUCUCGGUCCAUCUCGCAGUCCUCCACAGACAGCUACAGCUCAGCUGCGUCCUACACCGACAGCUCCGAUGAUGAAACCUCCCCCCGGGACAAAGCCCAGGUCAACACCCACGGCAGCAGUGACUUCUGUGUGAAGAACAUCAAGCAGGCUGAAUUUGGCCGCAGGGAAAUCGAGAUCGCUGAACAAGACAUGUCUGCCCUGAUCUCCUUGAGGAAGAGAGCCCAGGGGGAGAAGCCCCUAGCUGGGGCGAAGAUAGUAGGCUGUACCCAUAUCACUGCUCAGACCGCAGUCCUGAUUGAAACCCUGGUAGCCCUCGGGGCCCAGUGUCGCUGGACUGCCUGUAACAUUUACUCCACUCAGAAUGAGGUGGCUGCUGCUCUUGCUGAAACAGGAGUGCCUGUGUUUGCAUGGAAGGGUGAAUCAGAGGAUGACUUCUGGUGGUGCAUCGAUCGCUGUGUCAACACUGAGGGCUGGCAGGCCAAUAUGAUCCUGGAUGAUGGAGGAGACUUAACCCACUGGGUGUACAAGAAGUAUCCCAGCGUCUUCAAGAAAGUCCGGGGCAUCGUAGAGGAGAGUGUCACUGGGGUGCACAGAUUGUACCAGUUGUCUAAGGCUGGCAAGCUGUGCGUCCCUGCCAUGAAUGUGAACGACUCAGUCACCAAGCAGAAAUUUGACAACCUUUACUGCUGCCGUGAAUCCAUCCUGGAUGGCUUGAAGAGGACCACAGACAUAAUGUUUGGAGGCAAACAAGUCGUUGUGUGCGGUUAUGGAGAGGUGGGGAAAGGCUGCUGCACUGCUCUUAAAGCCCUUGGAGCCAUUGUGUGCAUCACAGAGAUCGACCCCAUCUGUGCCCUGCAGGCAUGCAUGGACGGUUUCCGUGUUGUCAAGCUGAGUGAGGUCAUUCGGCAGAUGGACGUGGUCAUAACUUGCACUGGCAACAAGAAUGUUGUUACCAGAGAACAGCUUGACCGAAUGAAGAAUGGCUGCAUCGUCUGCAAUAUGGGACAUUCCAAUACUGAGAUUGAUGUGGCGAGUCUGCGCAGCCCUGAGCUGACCUGGGAGAGGGUUCGCUCUCAGGUUGAUCACAUCAUCUGGCCAGAUGGAAAGAGGGUUGUUCUGCUGGCAGAGGGUCGCCUCUUAAAUCUGAGCUGCUCCACAGUGCCUACGUUUGUGUUGUCCAUCACUGCUACAACUCAGGCCCUGGCCCUGAUUGAGUUGUUCAAUGCUCCAGAGGGACGAUACAAACAGGAUGUGUAUCUCCUGCCCAAGAAGAUGGAUGAGUAUGUGGCCAGUUUGCACCUACCAAACUUCGAUGCCCAUCUGACAGAGCUGUCUGACGAACAGGCCAAGUACAUGGGCCUCAACAAGAAUGGCCCCUUCAAACCUAAUUAUUACAGGUAUUAAUGAGAGUGUCUGAUGGUGUGAUCCUCAAAACACAGUUGCCCUGGGAUAAACAGAGAUAUCUAUUUUAUUUUCUAAAUUGCAACAAAACGGAGGAAUUAUUUUACUUAUGCUGAAUGUAACUUAUUAAUAGCACUUCAGACAUAGUGUUAAAUAUGAAAGACAUGUAGGAAACAUAUAAUGUAUAACCAACUAACAUUUUACAUGUCUUGUCGUGUUUAAAAAACAAAGCCUGCUUGCAUGCUUUUCAUGUGUAUGUAAUGAAUUUAGUUGCUACUGCUUAUGUUAUUAGAUCACAGAGUUGUUGAUUUGUUUGUUUACCCUAUUUACGCACAGUGCCAAAACAUGGCCGUAAGAAUGGAACAGAAGAUAACAUAUAUGUUUUGUCUGUCUAUGGCAUUCAGAUUUGAUUAGUACAUUCCAUGAGCCAGAGUUUAGGCUGAGCCAUAACGAUCUCUGCAUUACAAUGUACAUUCUUUCAGAAAUGUUUGGUUUUAUAUUCGUUAAAUAUUCUCAUUGAAUGGUAUCUGCAUACAUGCCCUGAAAGGUAACAUCCAGUCAUCCUUUUUACUGCAACAAAGGGCAGUGAUGAAAUAUAACGCGUGUUGUAUAAAUAAAACAAUCCAAUGUUGUUUAUUCAAAGAAAUUAAAAUAGCCCUCGAAUGGCUGAGUCCAUUUUAAAUUCCUGACUUGUGGUGUUGGCAUUCACACAGCCAGAGCUUCUCCUUAACAACCGCAAAGCAAAGAGAUGUUUAAUUUGCUAAUAACGGAUUAAGAUGCGACAUUAAAGAUAACAGGCUGCUUGCAUUCCUAAAAAAGGAAGUCAGAAGAAGUUGAGGAGAAGGGGUCAGUGACGGAUUUUCAAACUACUAUAAUGUCCCUCAUCUCAAACCAAGUUUCCAUUUGCUCACUCAAAUUCCAGCUGAGAUUUGUCUCACUGAGGAGUGUUUUGACUGGAUAAUACCUUUAAGGCCAUGGUAUGAAUGUGCCUUUUAAAUCAUUUACAAGUAAAUAUCAGCUCUGACCUUAAUUAAAUAAGCAUUCCUCUUUUGUAAAACCACAUCUACUAGUGGUGCAUUUAAUGUCUUCCUUCCACUGCUACUGGUAUUAAGUGUAACUUUUAAUGUGUGAGCUAUAUGUUGAGAAAAAAAUCUUAGACUUUAUGUUUGCCAUAUUACUAUCACUGUCUUAAUCUGAUCCAGCAGGGUCACUUAAACAAAUCUUUCAUGUGAUCAAGAUGCACAAGUGUAAACUAUGUAUGUAAAAGAAUGCAUUAAAUCAGCAAUAAAGCAAGUCCUUUUAACAGAGAAA